AUGUACGACUACCUCGCCAAAAUCAUCCUCCUCGGGCCUUCGGGAAGCGGCAAAUCAUGCCUGCUGCAUCGCUUCGUCAAGGGGGAGUGGAGGGUGCUCAGCAGUCAGACGAUCGGCGUGGAGUUUGCGAGUCGGAUCGUGAAGGUGGGCACGGGCACGCAGAGGAAGAGGAUGAAGCUGCAGCUGUGGGAUACGGCGGGGACGGAGAGAUUCCGCAGCGUGAGCCGGAGUUACUACAGAGGCGCGGCGGGCGCGGUACUGGUCUACGACAUCGCCAAUCAGGCGAGUUUCGCGCAGCUGCAAACGUUCCUCGAUGACGCUCGAGCGCUGGCCAGUCCGCACUUGACCGUUCUGCUGGCGGGGAACAAGGCGGAUUUGACGGAGGGGCCAAAGUCGACGGAGAAAGUGUUGGAGGCGGAAGUGGGCAGUCUGCCGUCUACACGAUCCACAGCCACGAUUGGCCCCGGCUUGGGCAGCCAGCAACGAGCCACCACGGCGAGUACAGGACGCGCGGUAGCACAGUCCACAGCAGCCAGCUGGGCAAGUCAGAACGGCAUACCCGCGACGACGGAAGUCAGCGCGCUCUCGGGUGACGGGGUAGACGAGAUCUUCAACAAAAUCGCGAGCACCAUCCUGGCCAAGAUUGAACUGGGCGAAAUCGAUCCGGACGAUGCCAGAUCGGGCAUUCAGUACGGCGAUGCUGACUAUCGUUAUAACGACGACGGCGACAGCAUCAGGACGGGCACGACCGUGGACGCAUACGCACGCGGCGCCCGGGGGAAGAAGGCAACAGGAUGGGGAGGCGGCUUCCGACUCGGCCGCGCCGGACGGGUGAGCAGUUGUUGCUAG